GCUGGAGAUGUCGCGGACGCUGCGGAGGAAGCGACACUGGCUGAGCAAGGUGCAGGAAUGCUCGGUGGCCGGGCCCGGGCCCGGCGCCGACCUGGGCGCCGAGGUGCGCGGCGGCGCCGAGCGCGGCGAGUUCCCGUACCUCGGGCGGCUGCGCGCGGGCACGGGCGCGGGCGGCUGCGGCGUGGUGUCGGGCCGCGCGCCCAGCCCGGGGGACGUGCUGCUGGAGGUGAACGGCACGCCGGUCAGCGGGCUCACGCUGCGGGACACGCGCGCCGUCCUUCGCCACUUCCGCGAGCCGGUGCGCCUGCGGACCGUCAGGCCGGGCAAAGUCAUUAAUAAAGAUUUGCGACAUUACCUGAGCCUUCAAUUCCAGAAAGGAUCAGUUGACCACAAACUGCAGCAAGUGAUCAGAGAUAAUCUCUACUUGAGAACCAUUCCAUGCACUACAAGGGCCCCCAGGGAUGGGGAAGUCCCAGGGGUGGACUAUAAUUUCAUUUCUGUUGACCAGUUCAAAGCACUGGAAGAGAGUGGCGCAUUGUUAGAGAGUGGAACGUAUGAUGGAAACUUCUAUGGAACCCCCAAGCCUCCAGCAGAGCCCAGCCCUUUCCAGCCAGACCCUGUUGAUCAAGUUCUCUUUGACAAUGACUUUGACACUGAAUCCCAAAGGAAGAGAACUACCUCUGUCAGCAAGAUGGAAAGGAUGGACAGCUCUCUUCCUGAAGAGGAAGAAGAUGAAGACAAAGACGCUGUUAAUGGCAGUGGACCCACAGAAAACAGAGAGAGGCAUUCCGAGUCACCAGACUGGAUGAAGACUGUUCCAAGUUAUAACCAAACAAAUAGCUCCAUGGACUUUAGAAAUUAUAUGAUUAGAGAUGAAAACCUGGAACCACUACCCCCAAACUGGGAAAUGGCCUACACAGACACAGGAAUGAUCUACUUCAUUGACCACAACACCAAAACAACCACCUGGUUGGAUCCUCGUCUUUGUAAAAAAGCCAAAGCCCCUGAAGACUGUGAAGAUGGAGAGCUUCCUUACGGUUGGGAGAAAAUAGAAGACCCUCAGUACGGGACAUACUAUGUUGACCACCUUAACCAGAAAACCCAGUUUGAAAAUCCAGUGGAGGAAGCCAAAAGGAAAAAGCAGCUAGGACAGGCUGGGAUUGCACCCUCAAACCCAGAUGUGGAAAAAUCACACUUUACUCGGGACCCAUCCCAACUUAAAGGUGUUCUAGUUCGAGCAUCACUGAAAAAAAGCACAAUGGGAUUUGGCUUUACCAUUAUUGGUGGAGACAGGCCUGAUGAGUUCCUCCAGGUGAAAAACGUGCUGCACGAAGGCCCUGCUGCUCAGGAUGGGAAGAUCGCACCAGGUGAUGUGAUUGUGGACAUCAACGGCAGCUGUGUCCUGGGUCACACCCAUGCAGAUGUUGUCCAGAUGUUUCAGUUGGUGCCUAUCAAUCAGUAUGUCAACCUCACUUUGUGUCGUGGUUACCCACUCCCCGAUGACAGUGAAGACCCUGUGGUGGACAUUGUCACUGCUACCCCUAUCAUCAAUGGACAGUCCUUAACAAAAGAAGAAACAUGCGUGACUGCUCAGGACUUGAAGCCAGGAACCGUGGUUCUGGACCAGAAUGGAAAAUCAGGACACGUAUUGAUGAGCGAUUGUCUUGAUGGACCAUCAGAUCUGGGUGAACAGAGGACAUCCGUGGCCUCUUCCGGCAGCUCCCAGCCAGAACUAGUGACUAUCCCUUUGAUCAAGGGCCCCAAGGGCUUCGGCUUUGCGAUUGCUGACAGCCCCACUGGGCAGAAGGUUAAAAUGAUACUGGACAGUCAGUGGUGCCAAGGCCUUCAGAAAGGGGAUAUAAUCAAGGAAAUUUAUCAUCAGAAUGUGCAGAAUUUAACACAUCUCCAGGUGGUGGAAGUGCUAAAGCAGUUCCCAGUAGGUGCAGACGUGCCUCUGCUUAUCUUAAGAGGAGGUCCUCCUUCACCAUCUAAAACUGCCAAAAUGAAAACAGAUAAGAAAGAAAUUUCAGGAAGUUUGGAGGCCAUAAACGAGUCCAUUCCCCAGCCGAUGCCUUUCCCACCCAGCAUUAUCCGGUCAGGAUCUCCGAAAUUAGAUCCUUCUGAGGUCUACCUGAAAUCUAAGAGUUUAUAUGAAGACAAACCACCAAACACCAAAGAUUUGGAUGUUUUUCUUCGGAAACAGGAAUCCGGGUUUGGCUUCCGGGUCCUGGGCGGAGAUGGGCCUGACCAGUCCAUAUACAUUGGGGCCAUCAUUCCCCUGGGAGCUGCUGAGAAAGAUGGCCGGCUCCGUGCUGCAGAUGAGCUGAUGUGCAUUGAUGGGAUUCCUGUCAGAGGGAAGUCACACAAACAGGUCUUGGACCUCAUGACCACCGCAGCACGGAAUGGCCAUGUGCUACUGACUGUCAGAAGAAAGAUCUUCUGUGAAGAGACACAGCCUGAGGACGACGUCCCCAAAGCCUUCCCUUCAUCGCAGAAUGGAUCUCCCCAUCUGAACCGAGCAGAGCUCCCAGCAAGGUCUGCUCCCCAGGAGGCUUAUGAUGUUGUCCUUCAACGAAAAGAGAAUGAAGGAUUUGGCUUCGUCAUCCUCACCUCUAAAAACAAGCCACCUCCCGGAGUUAUUCCUCACAAAAUUGGCCGUGUCAUAGAAGGAAGCCCGGCGGACCGCUGUGGAGAACUGAGAGUUGGCGAUCGUAUUUCUGCAGUGAAUGGGCAGUCCAUCGUUGAGCUCUCCCAUGACAGCAUUGUGCAGCUGAUCAAAGAUGCCGGAGUCACGGUCACACUGACCGUGGUCGUUGCGGAAGAGGAGCAUCACGGCCCACCGUCAGGAACGAGCUCCGCCAGACAAAGCCCAGCUCUGCAGCACAGACCUGCGGGGCAGGCACAGGCCCGUCACCUGCCUGUAGACAGAAUGGCCUUGGAAGGAGAAGGUGGAAAAGAUGGGCCCGUCUCCUACAGACACUCGUGGUCCGACCACAAGCACCUUGCGCAGCCCGACACUGCCGUGAUCUCGGUGGUGGGUGGCCGACACAGUCAGAGCCUUGGCUGCUGCCCCGUGGAACUGGAGCGAGGCCCUCGGGGCUUUGGCUUCAGCCUCCGAGGCGGGAAGGAGUACAACAUGGGGCUCUUCAUCCUCCGCCUUGCUGAGGACGGGCCUGCCAUCAGAGAUGGCAGGAUUCACGUCGGUGACCAGAUUGUGGAAAUCAAUGGGGAACCCACACAAGGCAUCACCCACACUCGAGCCAUCGAGCUCAUCCAGGCUGGAGGAAAUAAAGUGCUGCUUCUCCUGAGGCCAGGAUCCGGCCUGAUUCCUGACCACGGUGACGGGGACACGAGUAGCCCUCCUUCUCUCAGUGUGAUCUACGAGGAGCAGCCUCCGUGCCCCUCCCCUCCACACACCGCUCCCGCACGCGGAGAGGCGGAGCUGAAGGACGACGGCCCCGAGAAGAGAAGCACUUCACAUGAGCACCAGCCAGAACUAACGCAUCAGCCUCCUCUCCAGAAAACUGUGAACAGGAGAGGUCCACACCACGGUGACAAGAAGUAUCUCCUAAAGGUAGAAGACGGUGGAAUGCCACGAGGCAGAUCUGCAAGUCCCAAAAAGUCAGCUAACCAACAUCCAGAGGAGCAUCUGGGGAAGAGUCCCAGUCCUCAGAAAGAUGGCCUCAAAGGGAGACCCAGAGACGGCUCGCUCAGCCCUAGGAAAGGGGAGAGUAAAGGCCAGGUGGGUGCCAGGGCGGCCUCUGGACAGGGCCAUGGCCACGGCAGGAAAAGCAGGGCGCGCUCCUCCAGCCCCAAGAAGCCGCACGACCUGGAAGGUGCCGGAACCAAAUCCCUAGAUGCGGGCAGGGCUGGUGACAGAGCAGAACAGCUCUCCGCUGCAAGAGAGAAAGCCGGUGCCAGCAGGAAAGAUCUGAAGCCAAGUCCACUGGGGACAAACAGAGCCAGGUCUCCAGAGAGUAAGAGCAAGAGAAUGGAGGCCAAGUCAGCCAAAAAGACCUUGAGCACUGCUAGUGGGGCAGAGCCUGAAGAGGGGUCGGAAGGGCAGGCAGCCUCUAGAGAAAGGAGUUCCAGUAGAGAGAAGCCAGGAGGGAGCCUCCAAACGUUAGAGGAGAGGACGGCACUCAGUCAGGACACUCAGAGAGGGAGAGAGGCAGCAGUGGCCGACCAGGGCCAGGAGGGCACUCGGAAAAUGCCCAUAACCCCAGGGCCCUGGAAGGUGCCAGGCGCUAACAGAGCCACAGGGGCUGCAGGUGUGGCUGAGAAGCGGCCCUGACCCAAGUCGUUAUCUUCUCACAAAAAAGCAUUUCCAAAAGCAGUUUUCCACAAGUUAGAAUACCCAAGCACAUUUUAAUUUGAGCAUCCUCUUGGGCCGCACGCAGGACCUUUGGCACUACUCAGCGCCUCCCCUGGGCAGCCUCGCCAGACAGCGUGGUGACACGUUCUAGCCUGUGGUUACCACCAGUGCUGUUUUUGUGCUAUGUCACCUGCUGCCCGUGCUCUGUGCUCAGUGAUGAAGUUGGGGUGGCGCAAUAGCAUGUUGCAUGUUCACAGUCCUCAAGAAGAGGUGUGACCCAUCAUUAACGAUGAUGGCUGCCUCUUCUAACAGGUGCAGAUGGUACCCCAGUUUAAAACAGAACCCCAAAGCCCUAUUUUAAAGGAAAGCAAUGUCCUUUUAGGGCUUGUUUUCAGUAGGACAGAUGGGGCGUUAGGACUUAUGUCUUUGCAGGCCAUGGUGUUCCAACCUCUGCCAGCCUCAGUCACUAUGAAGCCACAGGACACAACGAGUGCUCACCAUAUCUGGACAAUUGGUCGUUCUACUAAACACGUAAGCUUUACUGCAUAUAUGAAGAGCCAAAAUAGGGUGCAAAAAGUGUGCAGCAGUUAUGAAACCAGCCAGACUACACACAGCUCACUGGCUGAAGAGAAAGCCAGCCAUUGGGCAGAGUCUGGGCCAGCCAGGCCUUGAUCCUCAGCUGCUCAAACACAAGAGGAAGACAGAAUGUCUGCUCAGCUGACAUGCCUUCCCAGAUCCUUUCCCACUGCUGUGUUGGAAGUGGAUAGUCUCCAGCCCCACUGCCGGGCCGGAUUCCAUCCCUGUGGCAGCACUCCCCCUCUACACAUGCAGGCAUCCCAGGGCAACUGGUCCAGGGGCUCGAAGGUGUGUUGUCACCCUGGGUUUGUGCUGUUGUGAGAACCGUGUCCAGUCCUUCCCUCAAGUCUGCCUGUGAAACCCCAUGUAGCACCCACCUGUAGCUGGCACACAUGUCCCAAAGUGAGGCUCACUACUCACCGACUAGAGCGAAACCAAGAGGCUUGAUAAAUGCUGACUUUAGUUCUCUAUAGCCCACAAUUAGUGACGCGGGUCGUACCUUUCUUCUUAACCGUGAUGUGGCUUGUCAUAAUGCAGCUCUUAUCUCUGCAUAGCCUGGCCCUGUGCAGGUAGACGCCGCUCCAGCCGCAGCGCAGAUGUCCUGGUGUAAAUGUUUAUAUAUGUACAGUAUCUUUAUAUAUAUAUAUAUAUAUAUAUAUGCAUAUAUAUAUGUACACUGAAGUUCUGAUUAGAGAAAGAUCUGUAAAUUGCUCGUUAUUUUUUAUAUAGAUAUUAAAAAAUCCAUUGCCUGUA